AUCUGUGAAAGACCAGAGAAUAAUAACAUAACAAGAAAAGUCUAAAGUAUUAGGUUAUGUUUCAGAAUAUUAUUGAGAUUCUGUUGAUUUUAAUUGCAAAUUGGAAAACAAGCACCGUAAUGAAUUGUAAAAUCAUGUCAUUUCCAAGAUCCUACAAUUUGGGCUAUGGCCUAUGUGGUAAAAUAUAGUAUAAAAAAAAAUUGUCCGAGACUCUGAGUAAUUGACUUUGAAACGAUACAUCACCACUUAUAAAGACGUACUAGUAAGUUUUAAAAGAAUUAUUAAUUUGAUUCACUUCACCAUUGUGCUAUUGUGUACCCAAUUUUAUCAAAAUGAGUAAAUCAGAACAACUGGAGGAAACAGAUGAAAUAACCAUGACACCUUCAGAAUUACAUAUUUUAUCCGAAUUGGACAGCCGCCAAUACGGUUUUCUACUCCUCAAUAAACCAGAGAAUGAAGCUAAAAAAGCUUUAGUGAUAAAGGCAGUAAAAUAUUUGGAGUUAAUGGUAAUACAAGCCACAAAGGAACAUGUAGCACAAAAAGAAAAUGAACCUAUAAACCAUCAAAACAAGAAAAUAAGUAUUGACCCAAAGACAUGGGUGAAACUUGGUCACUUCCAUCUGCUUUUAGAAGAGUAUCGAAAAGCUCUAUCUGCUUAUCAAAUGUUUUAUAAGACUCAGGCACGAAACCAUUGGCAAGAUGCUCCUUUUCUAUAUGGACUUGGAUUGGUGUAUUUUCACUACAAUGCUUUUCAGUGGGCUGUCAAAGCUUUUAGACAACUUCUUUACGUCUCUCCAGGAUUUCAACGGGCCAAUGAGGUCAAUUUACGUCUUGGGUUGAUGUUCAAAGUCACCCAAGAGUAUGAAUCAGCCCUUAAGCAUCUUCAGUUGGCGUUGGUAGAUAAUAGUCCAUCGACAACACCUAAAAACGCAAUAAAAUUCCAUAUAGCACAUCUUUUCGAAGUCCAAGGAAAAGUGAAAACCGCAAAAGACAGAUAUGAGCUUCUCCUCCGAGACAAAACAUUAACUCAGUCGUUACGUGCAGACAUUUUUCGUCAACUGGGUUGGUUAUAUCACUGCCAUGACUCUUUAGGAGAUAAGAAUCAACGUCUUCCCUUAGCCAUUCAUUGCCUGCAAAGAGCUUUAGAUGCUGAUCCCUCAGUCACUGGUCAAACACUCUACUUGCUCGGUCGCUGUUAUGCAACAAUUGGAAAAGUACAUGAUGCCUUCAUUUCCUAUAGGAAUUCUGUGGAAAAAUCAGAAGGAAAUGCCGACACAUGGUGCUCUAUAGGAGUACUAUAUCAACAGCAAAGUCAGCCUAUGGACGCAUUGCAGGCUUACAUUUGUGCAGUUCAGUUGGACAAAUGUCAUUCAGCCGCGUGGGCAAAUCUAGGCAUAUUAUACGAAACCUGUGGUCAAGCUAGGGAUGCGUACGCAUGCUACCUGAAUUCGAAUAGGGGUAUAGCGAAUAAAGGACACUCUGAGGAAAUCGUUUCAUCGAAAUCGCCGAAAAAUUCUUCAUCUUCUGUGGGAAUGAACCCACAUCUUACCCAGAGGAUAAAUUUUCUGCAGUCGCAACUCUCUAAUGCACCAAUGCCUAGCAUCACUAGUCAGUUUAAUGCUGACCAAGGGGAGGUUAGGUAUAGCCUUAUGAAUAACUUUACUUCUAGUAGAAGACAGUUACUGUCGAUUGAGGAGGCUUGGAAUCUCCCCAUAUCAGCUGAGAUGACUUCUAGACAACAGCAGCAAACAGCUACUCAACAGACUAGAGGUGGAUCUCAAGCACUGGUAAAACCUUAUUCACAAGGUCCACCUCCCCCUUACCCUUCUCCAGGGGGUGGUGCUAUCAAGAGGUUCAAACCAGAUACUGAUCAGAAAUCACAUUCUCCGCCUCCAUUUUUAACCCCACAGCAAAUGCAGACCCUCAAUUACCUACAGAACAACAAUGCCACAUUGACACCGCAACAGCAGCAAGUACUGAGUCAGCUUCAGCACCAAUAUCGGCUAAUGCAACAACAUCAAGUACGUAACCAAAGGCUAGCCCUCCCAAGUACACCGGUUACAGGAGCUGUAUCGACAACUACUAACUCUGUAAACUCAUCCUUCCCAAGAUUAUCCCCCCAAAACAAUAAUAUGGCACCCAUCAACACUACCAAUUCAUUCUUAGCAUCAUCUAACUCCAUUGAAAAAUUGGUACAUCCUAUUCCAGCAGUGAUGCCAAGUUGUGUCAGAGAUUCUUUACCGAUGGGUGAGCAACAGAAUGAUCUCGAUGUGAGCGAAGAAGAUUUGAAAGAUUUGUUAUCUCAAAAGGACUUGGCCACGACGUUGGCGGAGAACCUGCUCAAGCAUUUUGGAUCGGACGAUAUCGACAUUAAAGAUUCAGAGAAUAACACCUUGUCGUCUGGACCGUUCUCUCCUUCAAAUAAUGAAGGCAUCAGUGUUAAACAAGAGAAUACACAAGAGAAUAAACCUACAGAAAAACCAAAACAAGACAGUAUGCCCAAAAUUAAAUCGGAACCAUUGUGGGAUUUAGAUCCUAUCAACACGACAGAAAAAAGACAAGAUGUAGAAUAUUCCAUCGACAUGGAAGCCAAAACAAUAUUGAAACUUUGCAAGGGCGAAGGUCUGAAAGGAGACAUAAGCAAUUCCUUGAUAUCCGACACAUCUCCCCCUCCUGCUCCGCCAGAGCCUCCAAAUAUAAAAUUGAACCACCAACAACUGCUACCUCCAACACCGUCCGUUUAUUUGGACAACAAAAAGCACGCCUUCAGUCCCCAACUCCAAGAAUUCUGCUUGAAGCAUCCAAUAGCCGUGGUAAGAGGACUUGCUUCAGCGUUGAAACUGGAUUUGGGAUUGUUCUCCACAAAAACGCUCGUUGAAGCAAAUCCUGACCAUAGCGUCGAGGUAAGGACGCAGAUACAACAACCCUCUGAUGAUAAUUACGAUCCACAGACGGGCAAAAAAGUGUGGGCAUGCAUAUCGCAUAGAUCACACACUACGAUAGCCAGGUAUGCUCAGUACCAGGCCGCUAGCUUCAAAGAUAGCCUCAAGGAAGAAAGAGAUAAAUCUACUAGUGGGCUGUCUGACUCUGACUCCAAGGAUUCUUCGAGCUUUGUGAAGAGGAAAAAAGGCGCUGCAGCUGCUCCACCCUCAUCUAAUGCUAAGAACUGUAAUCAACCAAAAAUGUUGAAGUUUGGAACGAAUGUUGAUCUAUCAGAUGACCGGAAGUGGAGACCUCAGCUCCAAGAACUCAUGAAGUUACCAGCUUUUGCAAGGGUUGUGUCAGCAGCCAAUAUGUUAUCACAUGUUGGUCAUGUCAUCCUAGGAAUGAAUACUGUACAGCUAUAUAUGAAGGUACCGGGUAGCCGAACACCUGGCCAUCAAGAAAAUAAUAAUUUUUGCUCAAUUAACAUUAACAUUGGUCCUGGGGAUUGCGAAUGGUUUGCUACCCCAGAUGCUUAUUGGGGUGCCAUUUGCAAUCUUUGCGAGAAGAACCAAAUCAAUUAUCUACAUGGGUCUUGGUGGCCAAUAUUAGAGGAUCUCUCGAAGGCUAACAUACCUGUUUAUAGGUUCCUUCAGAGACCUGGAGAUUUGGUUUGGGUAAAUGCAGGUUGUGUACAUUGGGUACAAGCCGUUGGCUGGUGCAACAAUAUUGCCUGGAACGUUGGACCCUUGACAGCUAGGCAAUAUCAAUUGGCUAUUGAACGAUACGAAUGGAAUAAAUUGCAAAGUUUUAAGUCAAUUGUACCCAUGCUUCAUCUAUCUUGGAAUUUGGCACGGAACAUUAAAGUCUCUGAUCCUAAGCUUUUCGCACUAAUAAAGAACUGUCUCAUGAGGACACUAAGACAAUGCUCAAUGAUUCUAGAAUUUGUAAGGCACAAAGGCGUUGAAGUUAAAUUUCACGGUAGGGGCAAAAAUGAAGCCUCACAUUAUUGUGGACAAUGCGAGAUUGAAGUAUUCAACAUAUUGUUCAUUCGUGAGCAGGAAAAAAGGCAUGUUGUCCACUGUAUGAGUUGUGCAAGGAAACAGUCUCCGAACUUGGAAGGUUUCGUUUGUUUGGAGGAAUAUAAAAUGCAGGAAUUAUGCGAUGUUUACGACAAUUUCAUUCUGCAUCCCACCAUAACUGCUUCAACAGAACCGUACAGGCUGUUAUAAAAAUGACGCAUAAAUUGGCAAUCUGGCUCCCGAAAUUUUUAUAUUCGCGUAAGAUCCUAUUAUAUUCGAAGCAAUGACACCACUAAUUUUUAUUCAUUGAUUUCUGUUGAUAUUGGUUUUCUACUUGAUUCUCUUUACAUGUAAAUAUUUGUGACCAAAAGGUUUAUACACCUUUUAGUAGUGUGAUUUUGUAUUGAAGAUUUUAUCAAAAAGGAAUCAUUGGUCUAAGAAAAUUGUGGUAAUUCGAAUUUCUUUGCUUUUGUGGAACUGUUGAAUUUUACUUGGCUCACGAUGAAUAAUUGAAUUCAUCGUAGAAACACCAAAUUGUGAAUAACGAAAACAAAAUUUUAAUAUAUAUAUCCGUCUGAUUGCCAAGGAUUUAUAAUCGCAAUAGAAGAAAUUGCUAACACUGCCACUCGCAACUGAUGUACAACAUUUUAAUAUUUCAAUUUGCUUUUAGGAUCUUGUAGAUUAUGUAAUGAGUGAUAAAUUGUAGAUAGGUUGUAAAUAACUUGUCAAUAAUUUUUUUUUUUUUAAGAUUUUGAUGUUUAAACUCCAAAAAAAGGUGAUCUCAUAAUCUGUAAGUAGCUCAUUAUUGUAAAUAAAUAUUCAAUUCUAAAUUAUUCUUGCACAGGAUAGUGUUGAAACUUUUGCAUCAGACCGAAAUUUCUGAUAAAUUAUUUUUUGGAGCUAAUAAUUUAUUGAAAUGUAUAGUAUAAUUUUAUGCAGAUUUUUCAACACAUGCUAGUUUUUUAAACUAGUUAAAAGUAUAAGUUUUUUCCUUGAAUUUAAAUCAUGAACAUAAUCAAAACAGUAUGUUAAUUCAUAGUCUAGAAGUUUUCUAUUUGAAGAAGAUAAGGCGAAAAGUUUUCUGUCGAUUAAUUUAAUUUAUUGGUAUUGUUUCUUUAUAAUCAUUUACAUCAGCAAUUUCGACUUUUUAAUUUUAAACGAUUGAAUUGUGUGUACACCAAAUUUAUUUUCUAAUUUACAAAUUUGGACACUGUCAUUAACCAAGCAAUUUAUUCAUUGUUAUUAAGAGAAUUUUUUAUUAUAUAUCAUUAUUUUUUUUUAUUUUGACUUUAAUUAUGUAAUUGAAAAACAAAUUUUUAAUUAUACCCUUAUAGUGCCUUCAGUUUCAUUUAAAUCAAAUUUCUCAUUUAAUUCCAAAUGAUUCAUAUCUAUAAUAAUUGUAAGAAAAAAGUAAUAGUGGACUUUAAAAUGAGACAUCUUAGGGGUUGCAAUAAAUGUUCUUUCUAUAAUAGAUUUAGAAAAAUAACGAUUGAUUUGGUCUGAAAUGAAAGAAUAAAUGCUAAAAUAUAGUGGAUUUUUCAGAAUUGAAAUUACAAAUUGAGUGAAUUCCAGCAAUAGAAAUGCUAUAUUUUUGAAUAUAUAAAAAAUAAUUUCGUAAAACAGAUGAAUAUCUAAAAGUUAAUACAUAUAUUACAUAGAGAACAUAUUUCUGAUAAACCGAUCGAAUCUAAAUUUUCAAUUUAAACAAAAACCAAAAAAUAUUAGAAUAGAUGUUUGACUAUUGUAACAAUGUAAAGAAGCACACUUUUUAUGAAUAACUUACCUAGACUUCGAAUGAUCAUCAGCUCAGAAUGUUUUUGUUUAAAUUUUCUGUUUUUUAUAUAAAAACUUUCUGAUCUUUCGAAUUAUUUAUAGAAUUACUAACACUGCCAAAUUGUGAUAUAAUAGUCCAUUUUGAAGAAAAGUAAACCAGAAGAUUAAUACGACCCUGGGUUUGAAGGUGCCUUCUUUAACAACAUUUCCCUUAAAAUCUCAGGGGAUUAUAUUUUUCAUCAAGGCUAAUUAGUUUCAUUUUUGUUAUUCCUUGUUUAUAUUAAGAAACUAGUUGACUUCUGAAUUCCUUUUCUGUAGUUGUGUAUGAUCUUUUUUAUCUUCAUGGAAAAGUCUGAUUUCUAAUUGUGUUGAACAAUUCUUAUGUUUGAACUAGUUUGUAAGUUGUAUUUAUAUUUACAUAAUAAAAAAAAUCACAUUUUA